AUGGUCAUUAACUUGACACCAAGGAAAAAACAUAUCAAAGUUGCAACCAGUUCAAAAGAAAGGCCAAUAGAUGUUGCUCUUGACCAACUUAGAGAACCAACACCACAGCCACUGAAAAACCAUAGAUUCAUUAUAUCAAGAAACAUAGCUGAACGUGGUGAAAAGGAAAAGGUGAACACAGAAAAACUGGCUGAAAUUAUCAACAACUUGGGUGGCAUCGUUUUCUCUGGGGAUGUUGAGAAAGCAGCAGAUGCAUCGCUGAUAAUUAUUACUUCACAAAAGGAGAUCAAUAAGGCAACACAAAAACUGAACAAGACUUUGGUUAUGGCCUAUCGCUUAGGAUGGAAAAUCAUUUCGAAGAAACUGAUUCUUGAGGCAAGGAAUACAAACACUCUUCCCUCAACUUCUCACUAUGAACUAGAUUUAACAAGCAUAAGGAAUGCACCAGCCAGCAAUGUGGUUCACGCAAAGGUCUUCACAAAAUCCUCAAUGAUUAAUAAUCACCAAGUUGUGGGAGGCCACCGGGAACUGAAAAAGAAAUUGCGCGAGUCUUCAAAAAGGAAAAAUUCAGAAAAGGAAAUGCCACAAAAGAGCCUUUCAAAGAAGCCAUGCACUGCAUAUGUCAUGUUUUCAAAACAAAUGUGGAAAAGUAUAAUUAAGGAAAAUCCUCACUUCACAAUGCAUGAAGUUAAUUCAGUUGUUUCUGAGAUGUGGAAGCAAGUGGGGAAUGAGGACCGGAGUGCAUACCGACAGAAAGCUUUGGAAAACUAUGAACGUCGUCUGGAGCAUUACAAUUCUGCAGACAGGCAACCUUAA